AUGGCAACAGCUGCAGGCCCAUCUCCAUCGAUACCUCUUCAAACCACCACCGCCACUACCUCCACCACCUCAUGUUCCUCCCCCCACCAAACCCUCUCCGUCGAUUUCUCCUGGAAAAAAUGGAAAUCGCUCAUCACAACCCAAGAUUCCUCCUCCUCUGCACCUCAACCCCUCUACACCGUCUCCUACAAACCCCUCUCCCCCAACCUCCUCUUCAAAUCCGCACUCGACAAAUCCAUUUUCGGCACCGGAACCCUCCACUCCUUCUCCAUCGACUCGGACUGUUCUCUCCGGGAGCACCCCAUAAAAAUAAAAGCCAUGAAACGUUUCAAGACAGAGUAUUCGCAUCUCUCCCGAACCUUUUCCCCUUCGAGUACGGAACCGAUACAGAUGUUAUGGACAUCAUCAUCAGGGUGGAAGAAUUGGGAUUUUAUUUGUCUAGAUGUGUCUUCGAUGCCGGUGGCGAAGUUCUCGGCUAAUACGAUGAGUUUUACGAAUGUGGGACGGAUUGAGUUUUUGGGGGAGGAAGUCAUUGGGAAUGAGAAGUUUAGGGAGGAAAUUGUGGUGGUGGGGAUGACGUUGAUGUAUACGAUGGUUUUGAGAUCGACUAAUUUUCUGAGUCUUUUUGGGGCGGUGUUUGCGAAGCCGGGGAGGAGGGAGGAGGAGGGGAAAGGGGGGCAGGUGAAGGAUGGGAAGGUUCAUGGGGAUUAA